GUCUGUCAUGGAUGCUUUACUACAACUCUUAUCUGUUAGCACUUAGGAUUUUUCCUGUCUCCUGGAUGCAUUAGUAUUUAAUUAUUUGCUGAGUAAAAAAAAUCUCAAUGUGUCUCCUUACAGGCUGCCUUUAAAAAGAAGGCAACAUGGCAACUACAGAGGCUGCUAACUUUUAUUAUAACUUCUCCAUCACUGGUCCCAGUGAAAACAGAAGUGAGAAUUUUCAAUUUACAAGAGUCUUCCUGCUCUGUAUGUAUUCAGUUGUUUUCAUCCUUGGCCUAGCAGAAAAUGCACUGGUCUUUGCCAUACUAGUUUUCCACAUGAAACUGAAGAUGCUGACAGACGUGUUUUUGGUGAACUUGGCUAUAGCUGAGGUCUUCCUUGGGAUGCUGCCACUCUGGGGAUAUUCUGUUGCUCAGGAGUGGACUUUAGGCACCAUGGCGUUGUAUUAUAUGGAGCUUGUAUACACUUCAGUGUUAACUCUAAUGUCUAUCACCUUUGACUGGCUUAUUGCUAUCACUUUUGCCACCGAAACACGUAUGUGUCAAACCAAACAACAAAUGACAUGGGGCAAAUUAAUCUGUGUCUUGAUCUCAGUGAUCACGCUAGCAUUUGCCACACUACUUUUUAGUGAGGUGUUUAAUAUUGAUAAGGCAUUAUGUAAGGAAGAAUAGCCAAACCAUUGCACAGAAUUGGCUCUUGAAGUGAUCCAGGUGACUCUUGCGUAUUGUAUUCCUAUGCUAGCCAUGAUCAUUGGCUACUCACUAAUUAUUAGAACUUUACUGCAUGCCAGAAUUCUUCAAAAGAACAAAUCUAUAAAAAUAUUUUCUGUAGUUGUCCCGUUUAUCCCCUCUCAGUUACCCUAUACCUUCUUGAGACUGAUAAUUAACAUAGACUGGAACUUUAACUUGAAAAGCAGUUUCAAAUAUGCAAUUAUCAUAACAGGAACUCUUGCUUAUUUCCAUGGCUGUCUUAACCCUGUUCUGCAUUUCUUCAUGGGGAUGAAAAUCAGAAGGUACUUACCAAAAAUUAUUAAAAUCUCAAGAUGUAUCAAACAACAAGUUAUGGCUAAACAGUGGCAAACCACUGAACAGGGAGACUCUCAACCUACUGCUUCAAAUAAUGCAGAUGCCAAAAGCUACAAAAACUGCCUAGAAAAUCUGUCAACUAUUUCACCGUUUCUGUUUCACAUUGUUUUUUUGUAAAUACUGAGAUAGGUAGCCUGAGUGAAAGAGGAAAUACAAUGCCAUUAGUAAACAUUGUGAUCAACUUUAGACCAACCUAUCUUAAUCAUGAUACUUCAAUAUCUCCUGCUUUUCCAGCCAAAGCUGGUACCUGAGUUAGCUAUGCAGAGCCCGUGCUUCAUGACAUAUAGCUAACUUGAAUUUCCUGACUUCUAAACCUUUGGCAUGCAGUUUUUCCAUGAAUGGUAUUUGUUAAUAAAAGCUUUUAUGAGUUUUGUUUCAAAUAUAUUACAUAUUUUAGUUCAGCCUUUCAUUUCUCAUUUCAUGAGAAUUCCUGGAUUAAAAACACAUACAUUUCAAUCUUCAUGCUGGGUUUCCUGUGUGAUUGGGUUUUUUUGGGUGGGUUUUUUUUUCCCAUUUGGGAGAAGUUC